AUUCAUAACAAACUUUUACCAAAGCAUUGCUGAGUGGGCAUUUUGUUUAUAAAUAAUCUAAACACUUUGCAAUUUAAUAAUAUUAAUAAAUUAAAAUAUAAUUUAGUAGGCUAAUAUCAAAUUUAAUUAAAUAAAAUAAUAAAAUAUUACUAAAAUGAGUGAAUAUCGUAGAGGACGUGGUGGAAGAGGCGGCCGUGGAGGAGGAGGUGGUAGUGGUGGGCGACCACCAUGGCUAAAAGGUAAAGAUAUCGGUUUGUAUUAUCGUGAUCGACAACGUCAGCGCAAUAACGAAGAAGAACGUAACGGGCGCAUUAAACUCAACCCAUCUGUGGAUAUUCCAAGCGGUGUUCUAGCACAGGUUGAAAACUGCCUCCAGGAAUUCGAAAAGGACAGUGAAGAUGAACGUGUUUGUGAUGAAUUUGCACAACAUUUUCGUAAUUUACUUGAUAUUAAUUUCGAGGAAUUCCUAGAGAAAUCCAAAAAGUCUGUUAGAAACACUUUGGAACACAUUAAUUUAGAAGUCAGCAAUGAACGUUUAAAAACAUCACUGAUGGAAAAAGAGGAAUCGCAACAAUAUCGUAAACGUUACGAUAUGCGUCAACGUUUACCCGCCAUGAAGCAGAGGCAAGAUGUUUUGAAAGCCAUAGAAGAAAAUCAAGUGGUUCUUAUUGUGGGCAGUACUGGAUGUGGUAAGACAACACAAGUGCCUCAGAUAUUACUAGAUGAAUUUACAAAUAAUGGUCGAGGGGCAGAAUGUCGUAUUGUUUGUACGCAACCUCGAAGAAUAUCGGCUAUAUCGGUGGCCGAACGUGUGGCUUAUGAGAGAGAUGAAUCGUUGGGUUCUUCGGUGGGUUAUCAAAUACGUUUGGAAAACCGAUUGCCCCGAGAUUAUGGUUCAAUUUUAUAUUGCACCACUGGUAUAUUAUUACAAAAAAUGCAAUCUAAUCCUUUAUUAAUUGGUAUAAAUAUCAUAAUAUUGGAUGAAAUUCAUGAACGUAGUGUGGAAUCUGAUCUUUUAAUGGCUCUACUUAAAAAGAUAUUACCUCAUCGUGCCGAUCUUAAAGUGAUAUUAAUGAGUGCCACCGUUUCGGAGGAAACAUUUUGUGAAUAUUUCAAUAAUUGUUUUACACUCUACAUUGAGGGCACUCUAUUUCCCGUUGAAGUUCUUUAUCUGGAGGAUGUUUUGCAAGAAACCGGUUUUACUGGAUUUGAAAACCUCGCACUUGCUCAAAAUUCUCAUGGUCGUGGUAGGAGACGUGAUGGUGGAGAAGCUGGACGCAAUAAUCAAUACAAUCAAAUGAUCUCUACGUACUUACCGGCAUUACAAGGCAAAUAUAAUCGUCAAGUAGUCGAUACUAUAAGAAAAUAUAAAGAUACAGAGGGUUGUGAAAAUUUACUCUUUUUGGAGCAUUUAAUAUUUUAUAUAUGUGAAAAUAAACCACCCGGAGCUAUUUUAGUAUUUUUACCGGGUUUCGAAAGAAUUUCUAAAUUGACAACGCAAUUGCAAAAACCUUCUACGCCCAAGCACAGAGAAUUGGCUCAAAAGAUACAAGUUUAUCCGCUGCAUUCAAUGAUGCCUACAGUCAAUCAGAAGAGUAUCUUCAAGCCCGCCCCAGAUGGUAUGCGUAAAGUUAUAUUAUCGACUAUUUUGGCAGAGACUUCGGUCACCAUAGACGAUGUGGUUUAUGUUAUAAAUACGGGUAAAACUAAAAAUAAAGAUUAUGAUAUUUCACAAAAUAUACAAACCUUAGAGGAACAAUGGGUUAGUAAAGCCAAUACGCAACAGCGUAAAGGACGUGCCGGACGUGUGCAACCGGGUAUUUGUUAUAAUUUAUUUACCAGAAUUAGAGAACGUCUUAUGUUGGAAGUGCCUAUACCGGAAAUAUUGCGCAGUAAAUUGGAAUCUAUUAUUUUAAAUCUUAAACUUUUACACAUAUCGAAUCCUUAUGAAUUCCUAAAAACUCUGAUUAGUGUACCAAAUGAACAAGCUAUUAGUCAUGGUUUAAAUUUAUUAAAACGCAUUGAGGCCUUAGAUGUUAAUGAUAACUUAACACCAUUGGGUUUGCAUUUAGCACAUUUACCCAUAGAUCCGCAAAUGGGUAAAAUGAUUUUAAUGUCUGCUCUUUUCCGCUGUCUGGAUCCCAUAACCUCUGCUGCUGCUGGUUUAUCUUAUAAAAGUCCCUUUUACACACCGAUGGGUUUGGAAAAAAAGGUGGAUGCUAUUAAGCGUGAAUUGUCUAAUAAUUGUAAAAGUGAUCAUUUAUUAAUACACAACGUUAUCGAGGGCUAUCGUGAGGCCAAAGAUAAUAAUUGUCAUAUGAACUAUUGUUAUGAGAAUUUUCUUAGUCACACGACACUUACACAAAUUGAAAAUAUGAAACGACAAUUUGCUGAUUUAUUGAAAAAUUCAAGUUUUUUGGAAUCAUCAAAUUGUUGUGAUAAAAGUUCGAAUGUUAAUUCGUCGAAUGUGCCUCUGUUGAGGGCGAUUAUUGCUGCUGGCCUUUAUCCAAAUAUAGCAUUUUUAAGACAAGUGAAACAAGUAGGCAAUAGAUGUCAUGCGCUGCAUAAAAUGUCAACGCCGGAAGAUAAUCGUGUAAAUUUUCAUCCUUCCUCUAUUAAUUGUGGUCAGACAUCAUUUGAUUCAAAUUAUUUUGUUUAUUUGCAAAAACAAAGAUCAAAAGAAGUGUAUUUAUUGGAUGCCACCAUGGUUUUCCCCAUGGCCUUGUUAAUAUUUGGUGAUGGUGUUAAAAAGGGCAUAACUGCUGAAAAACAACCUUACAUAAGUGUGGCUAAUAAAUACUUUUUUAAAUGUAAUGAGAACUCUUCAUUGUUUAUACUGAGAUUGCGUGAAAAACUUGGAAUUCUGCUGCAAAAGAAGGCCUUGUACCCGUCGCCCAUCGAAAUCAAUAGCAAGGAUGAAAAGCUUAUAAAGGCUAUACAAAUUUUGCUCUCUUUGGAUGAUGCCGGCGAUCUUGCUGAUCAGUUUCUAUCGACUGAUGAUGAAGAUGAUGGAUCUAUACCUUCACAAAGAUUUAAAUCCACUAUCUAAAUAUACAAAAA